AUGGCAGGGGAGCCAUCCGAAUUUGAAAUUAACUCGAAUGGCAAAUCGAUCGUCGUUGGUGACACCAAAGGAAACAUUAUUUCAUUCCAGAUAAUGCAACGAAAGGAUAAUUUGCUUUCAUUAACCGGUGAGAGCAUAAGGCAUAAAUCGAGCAUUCGUGGUAUUGCAUUAAAUUUCACCACCGAUUUAUUGGCCACUUGUUCAAAUGAUCCGAAAAUUUGCCUUUCAUCAUUUGAUUCAGAUUAUUCAAAAGUUGGUAAGCAGCAAAUGCAAAUAUCAAUGCAAGACAAUGUGCGAGCGCUCACAUUUAUGGAGGAUUUGGCCAAUCAUUCGAGUAUUUUAAUUUCCGCUGUUGGGAAAUUCAUUUGUAUCACAGAUUGUUGUUCAGGAAUCACAUUUAGGAGUUUAAAUGGGCACACUGGCUGUGUAACAUCAUUGCGAACGUGGAAUGGCUGCAUGUUUGCUAGCUCAUCAACUGAUAAAACCAUACGUAUAUGGGAUAUGCGAGUGUGCAACGCUGUUAAAAUUUUGGGUCAACUAUCAAAAUCAGCAAGUAACCACAUUUUCUUAUCGCGUAAUAUUUGGGUCAAAUUGUUAAAAUUUUAUCCUAUUUCCUUUUAUCUUUUAUUACUAAUAAAUUUCUGCAUAAAUAAGAUUAACGAUAUGAAAUUAUGUGAUAAUUUUUCAGUAAGUGGUGCUUUUUCUGUCGAUAGCGGUGGCCGAAUAUUGAUACGUGGUGAUUGUGAAGGGAAUUUAUCUGCAUUUGAUAUUUCAACUACUAAAAUGAUUUUCAGUGGGAAAAUUUUCAAUUCACAAGUCAAUUGCCUUCGCAUUACCAAUGAAUCGCGUUAUGUGGUCGCUUCCGAUCGAACUUGGUAA